AUGAGAUUCGAGCACCUGGCUCGUUUCUACUCGCAAGCUAUUUUUGAGGCCUGGAAAUGCAGGAUGUUUGCUGAGGGUCUAAAGCAAGAGCUGAAGAGGGUGGUGGUGCCUAUGGCCAUAACUAAGUUUCCGGCCUUGGUGGAGAAGGCUAAGGUGGUUGAGCGGUUAAAUGGUGGCAACCGUGUGAUGAAGACAGCUGAGGGACCAGCUGGAGGAAGGAGACAGGGUGGAGGUGCCACUCUCAGAUGCUACAGAAACAGACCGGUUAGGGGUGCUCAGAGAGGCGAUGCGCAGAGGGGUGAUAAACCUACUAUUACUGGGAGAGUAUUCGCUUUGACUGGGGCUGAAGCUUCUACUUCCUCAGAUCUUGUGAAGGGGAAGGUGUGUGAUUUGGGGUUGAGACUGCUAGUGUCGACGCCUGCUUCUGCUUUGGUAGUUGUUUUUGAGCUGUGUGGUGUUUGUUCGAUUGUUGUGAAUGAGAAGAGGUACAAGGUGGAGGAGGAGUUGUUGAUUUCAGCUAGCCAAGCUGAAUCGUUGUUGUGGGAUGGAGCAGAGUGUUGUCUUCUACUUGCUGCCAUGAGUGUGGAGACCGAGAGGGUCAUUGUUGAUAUAGAUGUGGUGAGGGAUUUUACUAAGGUGUUCCCGGAUGAGGUGCCUGGGUUGCCUCCUACUAGGGAGAUAGAGUUCGGCAUUGACUUGGUUCCAGGUACGGGGCCAGUGUCAGUGGCUCCCUAUAGGAUGGCUCCAGUUGAGCUGGUUGAACUGAAAGGGAGCAUGGAUGUGCUUGGUGUUUUGAAGGAAGCAUGA